UUGUUUCUCUCUCUAAACGCGCCUUUCGGUUUUCAUUCAAAGUUAAAAAAAAAAACUAAACUAAACUAAACUAAACAAACCCAUCUGAAACGGUACCAACAGCGACCUAUUCAUCAAACCCCAAAGCCCCAUCUCUCUAUAACUUUCUCUCUCUAAAAACCCAGAAGUUGAAAACAAGUUCUGUCUGUGUUUUUUCCAUGGAAGACGAAGUGGACCCAGUAUCGCUUUUCUUGAGUCUAGAGCAGUGGCAAGACCCAGAUGAGUUUUCACUUCUGCAGGACUUUCCACCGUCACAGCCUCCGCCGGAGACUUUCAUGGUGGGUUUCAUAAUGGCGAAAAUAGUUGGAAUCCAAUACUACUCGGGCACUAUAAGCGGUCGAGAAAUGGUGGGUUUGGUUCGCGAGCCUCUCAAUACUUACGACCCAAACGCUAUCAAGGUUCUCAACACUCGCACCGUCCAAGUCGGCCACAUCGAACGCAACGUCGCCUCGGUCUUGGCGCCUUUGAUCGACUCUCUUGCGAUUCACGUCGAAGGCAUUGUGCCGAACACUCGUGAGGCUGGGAAUAGGUUCAAGAUUCCUUGCCAGGUCCACGUUUUCGCGAGGGCCGACGCGUUUCAGACCGUGAAAUCGGCUAUUUCGCGAGGUGGGUUGCACUUGAUUUCGGAUUCUGACCCGUCUUUUACUCUGUCGGAGGCGGCGGUGGUGAAGGAGAAGAAGAAGGGUGUUGAGGAAUUCAAGAGCGUGGACGAAAUUUUCAAGCUUGUGGACGAGAAUGCGAGCAAGAAAGGUCGUUUGGAAGGUUUGGAACCGCCCCAGAAUGUGAUCAAAUCGAAGCUCUUUAAGCAUCAGAAAGAAGGGUUGGGGUGGUUGGUUAAUAGAGAGAAUUCGAACGAAUUGCCUCCGUUUUGGGAGGAGAAAGAUGGAAGUUAUGUCAAUAUAUUGACGAAUUUUAGUACUGAAGUGCGGCCCGAGCCUUUGCGUGGUGGGAUUUUCGCGGAUGAUAUGGGGUUGGGUAAGACUCUAACUUUGCUGUCUUUGAUUGCCUUCGAUAAAUUUGAUAGUGCUUCUGUUAAUGAAAUUCGUAGUGGUAGCGUAGAUUUAGAAAACUUAGAUGAAAUAGGUGAGGAGGAUGGGGAUAGUAGCAAGAAGGGUAAGAGAGGUAGAGUAAGUAAGAAGGGUACUUUGUCACGGAAGAAACGUAAAAUUAAUGAUGCAAGAUUAGAUGCCAAUGUAAUAAGGAAGUCUGCUGGUGUUUGCGAGGGCUCUUCUAGUAAUUUUGUUAUCAAGACAACUUUAAUUGUCUGCCCGCCUUCUGUAUUUUCGACAUGGGUAACACAGCUUCAAGAGCAUACUUGGCGAGGAAAGUUGAAAGUGUAUAUGUAUUACGGGGAGAGAACAAAUGAUGUUGAGGAGCUUAAGAAGUAUGAUAUAGUAUUGACGACGUAUAGUACACUGGCUGCUGAAGUUCAACGGCCAUGGUCCCCUGUGAGUAAGAUUGAGUGGUGGCGGGUCAUUUUGGAUGAGGCACAUGUGAUAAAGAAUGUGAAUGCUCGACAAAGUGAAGCUGUCACUGACUUGAAAGCCAAGCGGAGGUGGGUUGUUACGGGAACACCAAUUCAGAAUGGCUCAUUUGAUUUGUUUUCUUUGAUGUCAUUCUUGCGGUUUGAGCCAUUUUCAAUUAAGAGCUAUUGGCAAAGCUUGGUACAGCGUCCACUUUCUCAGGGGGACCAAAAGGGCCUCUCACGUCUACAGGUUCUAAUGGCAACCAUUUCUUUGCGAAGAACAAAAGACAAGGGACUGGUUGGGUUGCCACCUAAAACUAUAGAGAUUUGUUAUGUGGAACUUUCUAAAGAAGAACGUGAAUUGUACGACAAUAUGGAAGGGGAAGCUAAGAGUGUUUUCCGGAAUUAUUUUAAUGCUGGUCGACAGAUGCCCAACUACUCAGCUGUACUUAGUAUACUCCUACGACUUCGCCAGAUAUGUAUUGAUUUGGCGUUGUGCCCUUCAGAUCUCAAAUCGUUACUUCCUGAUCACAAUAUUGAAGAUGUAUCCAACAACCCGGAGUUGCUGAAAAAGAUGGUUGAGGUACUGCAAGAGGGUGAAGAUUUUGACUGUCCAAUUUGCAUGUCACCACCAACCAAUAUUGUAAUUACACGCUGUGCUCACAUUUUUUGCCAAGCUUGUAUUUUAAAAACUCUACAGCGCAAAACCUGCUGCCCCCUUUGUCGCCGUCCUGUGCAACAGUCUGACCUGUUCACAGCCCCUCCAGAAAAUUCUGAUGCUGAUGAUGCUGGAGUAUCCUCUUCAAAAACAACAGCAUCUUCGAAAGUUUCCACUCUUCUAAAACUUCUUGUGGAAUCAAGAGAUCAAAACCCAGCUAUAAAAUCAGUAGUAUUUUCACAGUUCCGAAAGAUGUUGAUAUUACUUGAAAAGCCACUGAAAGAUGCUGGUUUCAAAAUUUUGCGCUUAGAUGGGUCUAUGAAUGCAAAGAGAAGGGCUAAUGUAAUUGAAGAAUUUGCAAUUCCUGGACCAGAUUCACCCACAGUUUUGCUUGCAAGUCUUAAGGCCUCAGGAACAGGUAUAAACCUCACAGCUGCUUCUAGAGUCUACUUGUUGGAGCCAUGGUGGAACCCAGCUGUUGAGGAUCAGGCAAUGGAUCGGGUUCACCGGAUUGGACAGAAGGAGGAUGUGAAGAUUGUGAGGUUGAUAGCCCGAAACAGCAUUGAAGAGAGGAUAUUAGAGUUACAGGCGAGAAAGCAGAAACUUGCAAGAGAAGCUUUUGGAGGUAGGGGUCCAAAGGAUAGGAGGGAGAUUGGUUAUGAAGAUCUUCGUGUCCUCAUGUCUCUAUAAGCUCUUUUGAGCGUAGCUUGUACAUGUGAGACUGUGAGUGCUACAUAUUACAUGUCUUCAUGUCUUUAUGAGCACAUUUUGCGCUUAUUGUACGUGUAAGUGCUACAAUAUAACAUGUACAUGUUUUGUACUCCCUUUUAUGUAAUGGAACUUGUGCAUGCAUCUAUAUACAAAUUCAAAUCUAGUUUGGAUACA